AGGAGUUCAACCCCACAGCAAGUCAAUCUCACUCUCCAGCACAAAGUGCCCAAGUCUGUGUGAGCGUCUGACAUGUUUCUUAUCCUCUCCGUCUGUUGUUUCUCCUCUGCAGUUCGGGGACAGAAGCCGUGGACAUCAACGGAUGGCUCCUUUCUUGCAGAUGCCCAGAAUGAAGUUCAACCUGUUUCCAGAGGAGUCGGUGCUUAUUGGAGACCUGACCGUAAGCCACAAGUGACGGAUUUCACGGUGAAAUCCACCAUCGUCUCCCGCUAUGCCUUCACCGCCGUGUCGUGUACUGUGGUCAAUCGUGCCUCCGUCCCCAGCGACGCAGGCUUCCAGAUGCAGAUCCCAGCCUCCGCCUUCAUCUCCAACUUCACCAUGGUUAUCGGUGGGGCAGUCCAUCAGGGUCAAGUGAAGGCCAAGGCAAGGAAACCCAAAGGACGAAAACGCAAGGAACAUUCCAGGAGGAACGAGAGCGGAGAGAGGGAAGUGGAAAUCUUUAGCGUGGCUUUAAAAUUACCAGCCAAGACCAAAGCCACCUUUCUGCUGAGCUACGAGGAGCUGCUGGAGAGGCGUAUGGGGAUGUACGAGCACGUGAUCAGCAUCAGGCCCCGGCAGAUCGUCCCCAAGCUGAGGGUGGACAUCAACUUGAUGGAGAGCUCAGGGAUAUCGUUCCUGGAGAUCCCACCUCUGAGGAAGAGCAGGGUCCGUGGCAGCAGCCCUUCAGUUAAGGCCUCCCGGCCUCCGUCCACCAGUGUCAACCGCACGAAGACCGCGGCCUCAGUGAGGUUCUCCCCCAGUGUCCUGCAGCAGGCCAGGAUCGCUGAGAGCGGAGUACUGGGAGACUUCAUCCUCAGAUACGAUGUGGACAGAGAAUUGGGAGCUGGCGAUAUUCAGGUUCAAAACGGAUAUUUUAUUCAUCACUUUGCCCCCAAAGACCUGCCACCGGUGCCUAAGAAUGUGGUUUUCGUGAUAGAUACAAGCGCCUCGAUGCUGGGAAUGAAGAUGAAACAGACCAAAGACGCUCUGUUUACCAUCCUCAACGACCUUCGACCGAACGACCGCUUCAACGUCAUCAACUUCUCCAACCACGUGCGCGUGUGGCGGCGAGGGAAACUCGUCCCCGUGACCCGGGAAAACCUGCGGGAAGCCAAGAAGUACAUUUACCUGAUGUCUCCCUCAGGAGGCACCAACAUCAACGACGCCGUUCAGGCGGGAGCCGGGCUGCUGAAGGGUUCCGCGGCCGAGGGAGAAGAGAGCCGGAGGGCAGUGUCUCUGAUCAUCUUCCUCACGGACGGCCGUCCGACCAUCAGCGAGGUCCGUCCUCACAAGAUCCUGAGCAACACGAAGGAAGCCAUCGGGGACGGCUUGUGCCUGUUCACCUUGGGGGUGGGGAAGGACGUGGAUUACCGGCUCCUGGAACGCAUGUCGCUGGACAACUGUGGGGCGAUGAGGAGGGUCUACGAGGGGCUGGACGCGGGCGAGCAGCUGAAGGGCUUCUACGACGAGAUCGGGACCCCCUUGCUCUCGGAUAUCCGGGUGGAGUAUUCGGAGGCUUCGGUCAGCGACGUGACACAGAGCUUCUUCGCCAACUACUUCAACGGGUCGGAGGUGGUGAUCGCGGGCAAAGUGGCGAGCGGCCGGGGGAAGCACCUCCACGUGCAGGUCACGGCCAGCGCCGGCGAUCGUCGGAUCACCAUGGAGGCCGACGCCGAGGUGGGCGAGGCCGGGCAGGAGGGGAGAGAACCCCGGGGCGACGAUCCCGGACGGGACAUGGUCCGGAGGGCGUGGAGCUACCUGACUCUCAAGGGGCUGCUGAGGAAACAUCUGACCAGCGGCCGAGGGGGAGGAGGAGAGGAGGAGGAGGAGAGGCUGCGGGAUAGGGCAGGGAAUCUAUCCGUGGAGUACGGCUUCGUGUCGCCGCUCGCGGCCAUGGAGCUGCCGAGCCUCGAGGGAGACGAUCGUCGGCCGGACGGACCCUCGCGCUCUCCCGGGGGAGCGGCUGAGGACCAGGUCAAGGCGAGCGGAGAAGGGGGGAGGAUGCAGAGUUCCAGCGGAAGAAAUAAACCAGAGGUCCAAUUUGCGAGAAGCAAGAAAACCGUGGUGAUCUCCAAAACGUCCGCUGACGGCGAUCCCCAUUUCGUUGUGGAUUUCCCCCGGAGCGAGACCUCCGUGUGCUUCAACUUCGACGGGGAGCCGGGCGAGGUGCUCAGACUGCUGUCCGAUCGCAGGAACUCGGGGCCGUUGUUGACGGUCAACGGGCAGCUGAUCGGAGCUCCGGCGCCUCCCGGCGGCCACAAGAAGCGUCGCACCUACUUCAGCGCCGUGGCCGUGGUCACCGGCGAGCCCUCCCGCCGCUCCUACAUCGAGAUCACGCCUCGUAAGGUGGUCUUCGACGGCAAAGACAGGAUGGUGCUCUCCUGCGACCGCACGGUGGAGGUGGAGGGCCGUGGGAUGGUGGUUUCCGUGGAGGCAAGGUCCUCGGUCACCGUGACCAUAAACGAUUCCAUUUCUCUCCUGAUCCUCAUCCACCGGUAUAAAAAUCCCGCCGCCCAUCAGCGAGACCACCUGGGGUUCUACAUCCUAAACAGCUCAGGGCUUUCCCCCCGCGCCCACGGACUUUUGGGUCAGUUCCUGAACACCGAGGUCAAAGUUAAAGGCACGACCACAAACACGACGGGAAGCAAAGUGCAGAGCGUUGAGGAGGGGGCUCGGACCCCCGGCGGAGAGGGGACGAGGGAGCUUGAGGCGACAUUGGACAUCAAGGGUCGCUUGGUGCCUGUGGCGAUGAGGCAGAGGAGGAUUUACAAUGGGCAGCAACUGGUGGACUGUUGGUUUGCGAGGGACAAUGCCGCUGGUCUGAUCGAUGGGUCUUACAAGGAUUACUUGGCUGGACAUCUCUUCGACACGGGGACCGGCAACUCAGUUGACCUCUGAUCUUUGGGGCGAAGCCGGAGGAGAAGCUUAAACCCUGACCAAACCCCCAGAACGAUACCAAAAAAAUUCCAACCUCUGACCUUAAUUUUUUUUUAUUGCAACAAUAUGUCG